AAACAAAAAAAUAGAAAAAAAAAGCGAUUGAUCAUUGAUUGAUUGAUUCAGGUUCGUAAAAUUUACGGAGAGAAGAUCAGGGUUUCUUUUCUUCUUCCCCAUUUCUCCAUCCUCCGCCUUUAAUCUCAGGUUGCUUCGUCGUCUCGGAUAUCCAGCUGCUAUUCGGGGGGGUUUUUUGCUCUGCAGAUUGAAUUAUGUAAAUUCUGGUUUUCUUUUUGUUGUCUACUUGAACGGUCUUUUUCUUUGGGGGGUGCAUGAUUUUGGUGUUUGCUCAAGCGAUUGCAGGUGUUGUUGAGAUUUUGAUGACGGAAGAGGAGUUUAUUAUAUUUUACUUGGUUUGAUACGGGCGCGUGCUUGUGCUCUUUGGUAGGAGGGGUACACAGCAGAAUUGGUUCAAGCGGGUGGAUGGAAAAAGAAGUCUUGGUUCCAAUUAGGGACAAUGUUGCGGAUGAAGCCUUGAUGUUUGACCACAUAAAUAUGGAAAUCAGAACUGAGGAGAAUGAAAUUGAUAUUCAGAAGGGUGAUAUCUAUGCCCCCGCAUCAGAGAAAGGUGAGGGAAGUAGCGUUGUAUUUUGUAGAGAAGGAACUCUUGUGAAGAAAGAGUCCAUUCGUCGUAAUUCUAGAUCCAGUGAACAGUGUCCCAAGUCCAUGCUCGUGGUGACAGACAGUAAGAUUGGGAAGAAAGGGAAAUCCUGUCACGAAAAGAAACUUAGUAGACAAGACAGAUUUGAGUUGGGCCAGUUGUUUCAGGGUGCUGUAAGCUCGCAUGAUUGGGAGCUUGCAGAGAGUUUGAUCGCAUUGGCAGAUCCUCAGGCACUUAACGAUGUCUUGUGUAUCGCCUUGGAUUCUAUCUGGUUCUUGAGAACACAGCUAGGGUUCAAUGGAAUUACUGGGUUAAUUAAGAAUGUCAUUGCAAGCGGAGCUCAUGAUUUUACAAGAGCAGCACUUAGGACCUCAUUUCUGGCUUCGUGCGUCUCUGCCUGCCAGAGUCGAACAAUGAGUCUUGCAGAUACCGUGAAUGUUAUGGCACAGAGGUUGCGGGAGCGUCUCCAAGAGUGCAAUGGAGAUGAGGUAUUAAAAGCGGAGGCUGGUACUAAGGUUCAAAAGUUUACAGAGUGGGCUCUGAAAUGCAUAGGUUUUCAUUCUGGUUGCCAUGGAAACAAGGACAGAGUAACUCAGAGCUCAGCUACUGAGAUCCAACUUCAGUUAUCUGCUUUCAAAAUGUUCCUAGAUUUUGCUGGCGACCAACUUAGUGGAAAAGAUUUCACAGAGGCCUUUGAUGCUGCUUGUUUUCCACUCACUCUCUUUUCUAGUUCAUUUGAUCCUGGAUGGGCAACUGGAAUAUCAGCAACGGCAAUCCAAGGGUUAUUAUGUUUGUUGGUGGAGGGUGGUGCUGACAAUGUUAACCAGUGCUUUCUUGAAGCUUCUCGCUUUGGAAGCACAGAACUUGUGCGCAUUUUAUUACAGAUUGCCCAAAGGAACAGCUUGGACGUUGAUGUUGACCUGGCUUUGGGUUUUGCUUCCCACUACUGUAAGAUUGGCACAAUGGAGUGCUUGGUGGAAGAAGGUAACGCCAUAGCUUUUUUGGGUCCUCUGAUGAGAGCAGCUGAAAGGGGUUGUUUGCCAGUUGUUGAGUGGUUUGUUAAGAGAGGUUGUCAGGACAUGGAGCUCUGUUUGGCCCUCACAGCGGCAACCUCUAGCAGCCAAAUUAAUGUUGCUGCUUAUCUUCUUCCCCAUGUUCCCCAACAUGUACUUGCUGCCCUCAGCAUUGAAAUUCUUAAGGCUGCUGGGGAACGGAGUAGCGGUUCUCUCGAGGGUGUGGAGUUUCUCCUUCAUUCCAACUUUCUUGGUGAUCCUUCUGCUACAUAUGCUGUUGCAGACAGUAUCUCCAAGUCAAGCGACGAGUCUGUUGCGCCUGAGCUCAGGGCAUUCCUUCAGGAUCACUGGUCGGAGGCAGCCUACUUGGACGGGUUGAGACAAGGUCAAGAAAAUUACUUGAAUUUCCUGCGGAUUUUGAGGUGGGGUGGAUCUCCAAUUUCCUUGAGGGACAUUCCACAACCGCUGAGAGUUGCGAUAGCUUACCUACCGCUGUAUAGGGAAUGUAUAAAGGUGAACGGAUACUUGUUUCCGCAAAAGCUGAGGGGGCAGCUGGUUGAAGCCGCUCAGAGGCUCGGAGGCAGUGUGUUGGAAGAGGUGAGCCAAGGCAGAGAGCUCUUGGCUGUUUUGGAGCAUCAUCUUCCUUCAUUUUUGCUUCACAAGUUCAAGAUUACUUAGCAAGACUUCUUGUUUUGCAUCUUUCAUUUCCCACCCGUUAAGAAGGUAAAAGAAACGAAGAACAAGAACGCAAACGCGGAUGAGAAAGGUAGCAAGUGAAAUGUGAUCGAUAAACAAUUUUAACGGGAUAGAGCGAAGCGUUUGCGGUUGUCUGCCUGGUUAUUUUCGAGAUAGGUGGUGCUGUUUUGAAUGUUUCAUCAUAUCUUAUGUUAAGGCACGUGAUGAUGGUAUGUUAUGUAGGACGUGGUGCAGCCAUUGUUAGAAGGUUCAAUCUGAACGAUGUGUACAUUAUUGGUAUAUAUCAUCUUUUGUUCUCCGCACUUGUGCAUUAAUGAUAACGAGGAAACUUAAUAUCGUGUCGUCAUUGAGUAACGCCAACAUCCUCGGUUUCUUUCAUUCUGUAUGUAGUAUAUUUGAUUCGAUGGGCCUGAAUUUCGUCGAAGCUGUUUCAAAGGUCAGGAAGAAUGUUUUUGUUCUUUUAUCUCCCGAGUUAAUAAUGUAAUUCAAGGUUGUGAUGGUUUCAUUUUCCCAGAUGCAGCAAACCCAUUGUACU